AUGGAGGGACCCAUCCAGGUGAUGGAGCAGAAGGUGCUGGCAGUGAUGGCAGAGACAUUUGUGUCAGCGCUGGAGGGAGAAAUACAAGUGGAGGAAUCCCGGGAAACUGGUUUUACCCCUCCGUCCGGUGCCGGCGGCAGGGGCGGCUGUGGCGGCGCUCCUCCCUCGGCAAAGGCAUAUAAUGCCUGCCAUGGUCCCGGGAGCCCGCACUGCGCGGCGGGAGGCGGGCAGGGGUGCUGGGAGCGAGCCAUGGCCUCCAUGGGCAUGCAGGUGCUGGGCAUCGCCCUCUCUGUCAUCGGCUGGUUGGCCUCCAUCCUCUGCUGCGCGCUGCCCAUGUGGCGGGAGACGGCCUUCGUGGGGAACAACAUCGUGGUGGCCCAGAUCAUCUGGGAAGGGCUGUGGAUGAGCUGCGUGGUGCAGAGCACGGGGCAGAUGCAGUGCAAGGUGUACGACUCGCUGCUGGGCCUGCCACAGGACCUGCAAGCUGCCCGUGCCAUGGUGGUGGUAGCCAUCGUCCUGGCCAUCCUGGGCACGCUGCUCGCCGUCGCCGGCGGCAAGUGCACCAACUGCGUGGAGGACGACACCGCCAAAGCCAGGGUCAUGAUCCUCUCGGGCAUCAUCUUCAUCGUGGCCGGCGUCCUCAUCCUCGUCCCCAUCUCUUGGUCAGCCAACAGCAUCGUCCAGGACUUCUACAACCCGCUGGUCGCCGACUCCCAGAAGCGGGACCUGGGCUCGUCCCUCUACAUUGGCUGGGCGGCCUCGGCACUGCUGCUGCUGGGGGGUGGGAUCCUGUGCUGCACCUGCCCCCCCCGGGGGGAGAAGCCCUACUCUGCCAAGUUCACGGCCGCCCGCUCGCUGCCAGCCAGCAACUACGUGUAG